AUGUCGAGGGGCAUCAUGCCGCAGGCUUAUUACCGCGAAGUACAAGAGGGGCCUACAGUGGACGAGUGGGGAUUCGAAGAAGAGGCUUAUUCUGCCAUCAUUCCUACUGUUUCGGUUCCGGUAGAAAGGACUGCUUCCAGCGACUCGCUCUCAUCAACCCAAUCAUCCGUUUACUCUGGGCUGGAAGACCUGAGUGAUAUGAUGUGCAAUAUGCCGGAAGAGCUUUUGAACAGCACUGCGAACGGCAACACCUCGAGAGUUGACAUUCCAACGGUAACCACGUCUGUUGGCUCGUCGGAUUUGGCUUCACCUCCGGGCAGUUGGUCUUCUGUCCUAGGAAAACGGAAAACAGAGGAGCCGCUUGACGCCUCCUUGUCUUCACGUAAGAGUGCGAGAACUGAUGAUGCAAAUAUGAAAAUUCAUUCAAUUGCUCACGAUCGAAAUCUACAAGCUUAUUUUGAUAGGAAAAACAUUUGCUUUGGGGUACAGUGGCUGAUUGCCAAGCUGGUCACUUAUAAUGUUCUUGCAUAUCGGGACAUCAACAUUCCCGACUUGGAUAAGCUCCGCGGCACAAACCAAGAAGCUACCCAACGUGUGGCUCAGGUAUUCGCACGGGAGCACUCCAAAGGUGAAGCAGAAGGAUACUUCGUGAAGGAAAAGGCAGUCCUAUCGCCUUGGAAAGAGCUCGACCGGGAGCACGAACUGGCUCUUGCCAUGGGUGACAGUUUCGACGGAUUCCAGCGACAGGUCGAUGGUUGGUAUGGGGGGAAAGUGCAUUUCAACGCGACUUUGAAGUCUGUCGAUAAGAACACUAGAACACCCGAUUACCGCAUUCAACUCAAUCAGCCAGAACUUGGUUCCUCGUCGAGACUGAAUUUCCUCCGCGUGAAGGUACCGAGGAAUAUUCUAAACAAGCCACAGCAUGGCCUUGUGGAGUUUUUUUCGCAACACUUUCUCCUCUGUGGUGUGGUCUAUAGAGCAUUCUAUGCAAAGGAUGGAAACGUUUUUCUGGUGGCAACUAAUGCUUCGACGGGAUGCAAAAUGCCUUCUCAUGCUCAUCCUCCACCGCCGUCUCUGGAGGAUUAUCUCGACUGGCAUAACCCCCUGUACUACAAUACGGCUCAGACUGUGGCCAAAUGGUCAUCGCGAUUUGCCUUGGGACUUUCGAACUCUGUCCCCGGAAUUACCAUCAGCUGGGACAAUAUCAUCUAUAUGAAAGAAGAAGACCCGGGGGGCCCGGACAUGACGGAUGGUUGCGGGUACAUAAACAAAACUGGCUUGAGGGCGUUACGCGAGCUCUUGCAAUGGGACGUGAUACCAACUGCAAUCCAAUGUAGAAUUGCUGGCGCCAAGGGCCUUCUACUUCUGCAUCCUGAUCCAUCGGAAAAUUGUUCCGAUGUUACUCGUGUCUGGUUGCGCCGAUCACAAAUCAAAAUCGGGUAUCCUGAAAUGCAAGAGCUGUCACCUGGACAUCUGACAAUCGAUGUUCUACGGUCGUCUCAUAUGCGCUCCCCCUCCCGUCUUGCUGCAGAGACUAUAGUGAAUUUUGCUGAAAAUGGAGUUCCCCAUCAAGUAUUUAUUGAUCUGAUGAAGGAAGGUCUGGAUACUAUCGUCGACAGUUUGCUUGACUGGGAUGGACCGGACGCUAUGUAUCGCCUAUGGGACAGUGUCGCCAGGGCCGGUGCCGUGGUUGCAUCCAGAUUAGCUCGUGAAGCUGGUGGGGAGGCUCGAUCAAAAGGUUUCGCCGUCAAAGGCGAUGACAUCGAAGAUAAUGACGAAGAUGAUCUCGAUGCAGCCAUUGACAUUCCCCGCUCAAUCGCUUGGUGGGGUGACGAGGUCUCAGGUUGCCCUUCUUCUCUUGAAGAGACGGUAAUGGUCAUGCUUGACUCUGGUUUCACUCCUCGCGAUUGCCCGAUCCUCGCUGAAAAGCUUCGCCACGUUCUUAAGACAAUGGUUGACAACUAUGUACGUCGAUACAAAAUCGAGGUGCCUAUGUCUUGUGUGGCGUGGAUCGUGCCAGACCCCUCUGGAACAUUGACUCCCGACGAAGUACAGAUUCUCUCUCGGGAUUCAAAAUUCCGUUGUGCUGACGGAACGGAGUCAAAUGUUGUAUUGGGUGAUGUUCUGCUAACACGACAUCCUUGUAAACUGCCGACGGACACUCAGAAGGUCAGAGCUGUUGAAAAACCGGAGCUCAGGCACUACACGGAUGUGAUAGUGUGCUCUGUACAGGGAACUCGCCGUUUUGCAGAUCUUCUUGCUGGGGGCGAUUACGACGGGGACAAAGCAAUUGCCGUUUGGCAACCAUCUAUUGUGUCGCACUUCAACAACGCCGACCUUAGAUAUUCUUAUCCGCCUGACAAUUUCUUGGAGAAAAAUUUCCACAAGAAUACCCUACGAGUCGACGAGUUCCUAGAACAACGCCAGGGAAUGAAGCUCGACGAAAUCAUACCCCAGCUGCAGUCAUUUCUGCUAGGAGGAUUGCGCGAUAUAUCAUCGGUUGGGAAAUACUCGAACUUACAUGACCUGGCGGUGUACACCCUUGGGUAUGGGCACGAUGACACCAUUCGCUUGGCUUACAUGUUUUGCAAUAUUCUCGAUGGGGCGAAGAGUGGAUUGACCGUUUUACCGGAGGUCGUGAAGAGAGACACGAAGCUUUACCAAAAGCGCUCCCCGGAGUGGAAAGAAACUAUAGAGGAGACAACGCGGGAAACCAACGAAAUCAAUGUUCAGCGUCCCAGAGGCAUGAAAGCAUUUGUUAUGGAUGUGAUUUUGAGCCAUGCUCGGAGCCAUCGAACUCUGAAACUGCAACAGGUGGAUAGCACUUUUCCCAAAACUCACGGUCACAGAGACUCCUCUCUCUCGAAGCCAUGGCAGGAUGCAGAGUUAAGGGUACAGCGUGCGAGGGGCAGCAAUAGCGAUGCUGCCUUUAUGAUGGGAGCGGAACUUUCCAACAUACGCGAACACGUCGAGAAGAUAUAUAAAGAGUACAAGAAAAGCAUCCGUCGUGAUUUCACCGGCCUAAAAAUCGAACGGCGACAAGAUAUUCUUCGCUCCCUCGCUCGUGAUUUCGCUGUGGCCCCGGACCCGUCGUCUUUUCUCCUCUUCUCAUCGGAGGAGGUGGCAAGACUCAAGGCUUCCUACGCAUAUAUUCACUGUAACGAUUCUAGCCAAUUUCCCUGGGACGUUGCUAUGCGAGAGCUUGGGAUGAUCAAGGCAAGGAGCCUCGGUCCGUCGAAAACUGUCGCACUCGGCUUCUACGAGAGGUUUGUAUUGAAGCGAUCGACUUUCCAUUGA